UGAUGGGGACAGGACAUAAGUGGAGUGGUUGGAAUAUUAUUAUAAUAUAUAGGAUUAACUAGAGCCUCACUAAUAUUUAAUGUAAUAUAAUAAUAUAUAAAUAUAUAUUAUAUAGCCUACGAUAAUUCAUAAUUUAACUAUUAUCAUCAUGCUAUGGUCAUAAUCAUAUACUAUACCCACACGAAGUGAAGUAGUAAUACUGAUACUGAUAAUAAUAAUAUUAAUAAUCAUUGAAUCAUGUAUGCAAUAUUCGUAUCAUUGAUGAUUUAGUAUUAACCAAAUCGUGUUUGAUUGAAAAGAUAAAUCCUAAUUUUACAUAAAUAGAUCACAAAUAUAAAAAACAUUUUACAGUUUAACGCUAUUACCGUAUAAAUUUUAUUGAAAUAAAACAAAUCCAUGUUCAGGUAGGCGUGUACGCCGUAUCAGGAACAAUUUCGUUACCCAUCGUUUCGUUACGUUAGAUUGCUUGUCACCUGUAAGGUCAGAGGUUAUGUGGGGGGAAAAAACGAAUUAAACCGUAUUUUCGUAUUAGUUUAUAUAUUAUUUUAAAUGUCCAAAACUUAUUAUUUUAAAAUCACAAAUUGAUUAAAAUUAUACACAUACAACCAUAUUCCCUGAUAUUUUAAUACUUUAAAAAAUAUAUAGCCGUAUGUAAUUUUCUUCAUGUUUGUGUUCUGAAGGCGUGUGUGUUUUCUCCAUAAUGAAUAUAUCCUUAUUUUCGAAUAUACACUGGAAAGAAAAUAAGGGAAGUGGGCAGCAAAGGAUACGACGUUCAAUGAUUACGUUGAACAAAAUUAAAUGUGUGAACUAACUUAAGCCCUAUUCUAUAUUGUGCUUAAGUGCACUUGAGAUGUAAAAUGGAGAACAAGUUUAAUAUCAAUGGUAUUUAAUUACUUUAGCUAAUAAUUAUUAAAAUGUAUCCAAGUUCUAGAAGUACUGAUAAUUAAAACUUAAAACGAAUAAUGUAGACACAAAGUGUCAAAGUUGUGUUCGUAUUGCUACUUUAGACUACUUCUUACUACUCACUACUACUACUUCUAGUGUUAGAAAUUAUGGUUAGUUCAAUUAGGGGGUAGAUGAAUUAAAAAGUAGCAGGCUUAAUAUCAAUAGUGACAAUAGACGUGUUUAUUUACUUCAUUCAUUCAGACUUACUCCUCAGUCAUGCCUGGCUGAUUCUGUGGCCAGGCACAUCCCUAUCCCACUUUUCUUUCUGUAUUUCAGCUGCUAUUUAAAACUGAGCCUACUUUGCAAGCUCUUUUCUGGGUCAGUUUUCUAUUCCUCUAAUCCAUUCCAUUGUUCUUUGCCCAGGAUUCCUUGAGUCUAUAUUCUAUAUGCUGUCCAAGUCGCCAGGUGCUAAAAUGGCAUUCUACAAACAUCUCCAGCCCAUCAUUGGCGAUGUCCCUGAACUGACUCUACAGUUUUGACUACCACUCAGUGGCUCAGUUCUUCAUUAGAGAUUGCCUUUUGUCAUAAGAUUUUAUUGAUAUUUGUAGACACUUUGAAGUACUUGGUCUGGAAAACUUCCUGCUUCUGAUGUACUUCAGCUCUGAUUCAUAAUGGAGAAUUCAGGUCUUAGUGUGGAUGGUCAGGUUGCUCUAUCUCUAGUAUAUAUGCAUGUCCAAAUUCAGAAUGUCUGAUUUGGAUUACUAAUCCGUGAGUGGAUUUUCCUUGUCACCAUUGGCAGUAUUGCUAACUCUCUCUUGUUGCAGUACAAUCCUGCAGAAGAAUUUGCUGGUGAAUGACAGAGGGAUGUCUAUAUAGUUUUUGUAAUCAUAUCAAGUUCCUUUUCUUGGUAAUUUGAUUAAAGUUUCAGUCCUCCGGGUUAGUUGGAUCUCUUUUGUAACCCAAAUAUCUUGCAGGAUUUGUUACCCUCUCACUUCACAUCAUAUAGGUCCUUCUGAAAAGAGAGUUAUAUGAGGAAAGCUCAAUUUUAAAAAAAAGAGGUAUUUUUCAUCCUAUAAAAAAUGGAAUAGUCUUUAUUAAAUUUAGGAACUGUAUACUAUAGACUAAUUUGGGGGUCAUUAUGAAUCUGGAAAAAGUGUGUUUAUGUAAGAGAUUUAGAUUAUGUUUUAUGUAUUGAAAAAGGAAUCGGAUAUAUAUUAAUUUUUAAAUAAUGUAGUUGCAUUUUUUUAAUCCCUAGAUCUGACUUUUGAAGAACAACAGCUAUUGCAAAGUAUACAGGAAAAAAAACAACAACUGCUUUUAGAAAUUGAGGUGAUUUUUAUGUUGCUCUUAACUCUCGCUCUGAAUUAUCAAUGCUCCUUUUUCAACACAUCUGUUUAUUAUCCUUCCAUCCAUCCCAGUGCUACCAAAACCCAUUGUGUAUGAUGGAGUGCUCUGGCCUGCAGCACAACAUGUUUUUACAAUUCAUGAUUUUAUUUAUGUGCACAGGCAGGCCGCUUGUUGUAGAUUUCCCUCCAUAUUAUCAAUCCAUGGAAAUGCCAUUUUCCUGUUGCUGUGUAUUUUGUAUUCACACACAAAUAAAGUUUAGUGCUGGAAUCCAGAUGAUAUGGUGUAUGAAAUAAUUGUUUGACUCUGUAGUUGUUGUCCAGGUCAUGAAAUCAGAGUUAGUGUGUGUUGUGAUGUUGUGACAUUUGGUUAUUUGAACGAGUGUGAACUGUUUUCAAGUCAUGGACGGGUGCGUGAAUUUUGGGGAUAAAAGGGGAAACAACUAUUUUGAAAGCAGAGUGAACUAGAGACUUUUGAAAGGAAGUGUGUGAGAUAGAGCGAGCGACAGAGAGACGAGUAUUUUUAUAGAGCUUCACUGUGAGAUAUUUUGCCUGAGGAGAAUUUUGUUCUACAUAUGGAUUCAUGACUCAACUUCAAUGUGAACCAGAUUGUUGUUUGAGUGAUGUCUAAAUAAAACGCAUUACGUACAAUGAAGCUUUUGUGUUGUUUGAAUCGAACUAGUUUGUAUGGCUAAGGAGCACAUGCCAUCGAAAUAGUCCCCAGCAUCAUAAGACAUUUAUUUAUACAACGGAAUAUUUGACAUGAGGACAAAUGUUUGACUGUUGUGAUUAAAUACAAUUGAUUGAAAUGAUGUAAAAGGGAACAAACAGUAAUAAAUUGUUUUCAGGUUUUGGGUGUGAAAACACAAUUUCUAGGUACUGUAAUUAACAUUUCCAUAAUUUUAAUAUUUGUUUCAUAAUUUUGGGGUGUUUAAAAAUAACUUAAUUCAGUAAUAGAAAUGAAGUGCUUUAACAGCUUAUCAAUUUUCAUUUUAUAAAUUCUAUGGUUUUCAGGAUUUGAAGAAAGAAAUAGAAGAAAUUACAAAUGAAUUGGAAGGGAUGGAUAUUGGUGAGGACAGGUGAGCAUAUAAAGCUAUGAUUGCAAUAUACAAAUAUUAUAUAUAUAUAUAUAAAAUUUAUACUUUAAAUGACUUUAUUUAUAGAUAAAUUGCUGUAAUGAAACUACAGCUUUCUAACUAGAUUAAACAAUCUUUUCAAAAGAACAGUUUUUAAUUAAGGCUGAAGUAUAUAUUUGUUAAACUUUUUUCUAGCAAACCUGACCCCAAGGCCAAGCAGAUCUCUAUUGGUCGAAAAAAGUUCAAUAUGGAUCCUAAGAAGGUUUGAAAUAUUACUUUUUUAUAUUAAAUCCUGAAAGCAUCUGGUUUGUUAUUGACAAGUUCAAUCUUUUUUUAAAGAUACUUUUUUAAUUUAAUAGGUAUUGUGACAAUUUUUUUUUUCCAACCCAAGUAUGUAUGAUAAUAUCAUAAUUUUUUGGAAUACACAAUAUAAUUAUUGGUUGUAGAAAUCAACAUUUGUACUAUCUUUUUUUAUGUGGCCUUCAUAGAAAUAUAUUACAUCAUUUCACAUGUUUAUAAAAAUUUGAUACUUUUUUAUCAUACUUAGGCACUGGUGGCUCCUUGGUUUAAAAUUUAUUUGGCAUCUUUAGUUUUAUUUAAGUUUAUUUUUCUGGUGUUAUUAUUUGGUUUUUUUUUGUUUUUUUUUUGAAGAAAAAGGGAGCUAUAUUGCCAUUCAUUUGUUUUGCUUUUGCUUUAAGAAAUAAUAUUGGACUCAUUUGAAGUAAGAGAUUUUAAUAUUUGAUUUCUUUUCACACCUCAGUAUUUUUGGUGCAAAAUGUGCACACACAAUGGCCUAUAUCUCUACCAAUUAUAAAAAGGACUGACUGGUGCUGGAAAUUUUUCAGUUUUUUUUUUUUUUUUAAAUUUAUUUAAUUAUGAUUUAUCUUCACUCCCAAGGGUAUUGAGUACCUUAUAGAUCAUGGCCUGCUUCAGCACACUCCAGAAGAUGUAGCCAGAUUCCUUUUCCAAGGAGAAGGCCUUAACAAAACUGCAAUAGGAGAUUAUCUUGGAGAAAGGUAUCAAAUUUGAUUUGAUUUUAUCUGAAUGUUUACAAAAACAGCAAUAAAAAAAAAGGCUUGUUGAUUUUAUAGGUUAUUCUAGAAAUAACAAAAUAGAAAAUUAUAAAGACUUUUUGGAAACUUGAACAAGAAUUUAAUUCGUUUUUUCUUUUUUAACAUUUCAAAUAAAAGCAGUUUUUUUAAAAUCGUGUGUUAUAUUAUUAUUUAUUUCAUUUUUGGCAGACAUGACUUCAACAUGGCAGUUCUGAAAGCUUUUGUAAAUCUCCAUGAAUUUACAGAUAUGAUUCUAGUCCAAGCUCUCAGGUAUGGUUUUCUUUUGAGAUGUCUUUAACCUCAUUCAUUUUGUUUGUUACAUUAUGCUGUACUUACUUGUGCACUGAUAUUUAUUUCUUGCCCAACUAUAAGAAGUGUAUUUCUCUUUUUAAUAUUAACCCUGUGAUUUUUUUGGGAUGAAAAUUUUAUUUUUUAUGUAAAGGGUUAAAUCAUUUUUUUUUCCUAAAUUCUUCUGUAGACAAUUCCUUUGGAGCUUCCGACUACCCGGUGAGGCCCAGAAGAUUGACAGAAUGAUGGAAUCUUUUGCUGAGCGCUACUGUUCAUUGAAUCCUGGUGUUUUUGUAAAUACAGGUACAGUUUUUAAGACACAUUUUUAUUUAAAGGAUCUGACAAUAUUAUUUAAGCUAACACUAGAUUUAGAUUAAAUUUCAAUUAUUUGUUUCAUAGCGACAUUGAAAAUGAAAAUAUUAUCCACAGAAAUUUAUCAAAUAUAUACAUAUAUAUUUAUACAUAUAAAUAUGUUACAUAAAUAAAUUUUUUGGAUAAUAUUUAUUGUUUGCUCAUCUUACAUAAAGUUUUUAUGUUUUGUUAUUUGCCCCUUUCAGACACAUGCUAUGUACUGUCUUUUGCCAUUAUCAUGCUAAACACAAGUUUACACAACCCAAGUGUUAAAGACAAGCCCACAGUUGAUAGAUUUAUACAGAUGAAUAGAGGCAUAAAUGAUGGGGGAAACUUACCUCAAGAACUUUUAAUAGUAAGUGCUUAUAUCAAGAAUUACCAUCCUUUUAGGUAGAGUCUUAAUGGAAAUUUCAGCCUACUACAUUUAUAAAGUAUUUUCCAUGGAGUAAUGAAAUAGUUGCAAAUAAUUUCUCGUCUGUAACAAUUUUUAAAAAAUAGCAAUCAUCAACCACUGACAUUAUCAUUGAAUUUAACUCUUUGAAGUAAUAUUUGUUCUUAAUGUUUGGGAUGUUUCAUAUAAAUUAUGCAUUUAUCAUUUCUUUAUUUCUUUUUGUGGCAAGUACAGACUAAGAAAAUUGCUCUUGAUCAGGGCAUAUUUAGGGGAGUGGGGUGAAAAGCAUAUGGCUUGGUGGCUUUGGAUUGCUCAAAGUUUUUAAUUCUGUUUCUAUAUGUAAAGUAUGACUUAUUAUAUGAUUUCCAACUGCUUUAUUUAUUAAAAAAAUUACCUGUUUUCAUUAUAGAUAUACUUGUAAUAAUCCAAACACUCAAAGUUGAAAUUGCCUGUAAGGUAAACAUUAACAAAUUUUUUUUUUUAAUUUUCAUCUAGAAUUUGUAUGACAAUAUUAAAAAGGAACCUUUCAAGAUCCCUGAAGAUGAUGGCAAUGACCUAAUGCACACAUUUUUUAACCCUGUGAAGGAGGGCUGGCUAAAUAAGCAAGGUAGGUUUGAGAUAGACUGAAGAUUUUCUUCAUAAAUUUAUCUUUUUAUAUGGGUCACUGGGGGUUGGAGGUCGCACUGGGUGACGCCCUCACAUUUUUAAAGUUAUGUUGAAACUAUGAAGCUAAAAGAAUCAUAUACUUUCACAACUUUCUGUGUCAAAUAUGUAAGUUUCUAUCACUAUGACUCUAUGUCAUUUGACUAUGAGACAUGAGUCUUUUUGUAAGCAUUAGCUUAUUGUAUAUUCUCACCAGAUUUCUCUUCAUAAUGAGUAUAAAAGUUUUAAGCAAGCUUAAAAAAUGUAUGUAUGAUGUCUCAUUUUUUUAAAAAGACAUCCUUAAGUUUUUGUGGACACAUAUGGACCAGUUAUGCUAGGUCAUAGUUUUACGGACUGUUGGUAAAUUUACAGAGGUUUGGCAAGCAUGGUGACAACUUUGAAAAUUUAACAAAAGUCGCAUGAGUUAAUUUUAUAUCAUCUAAAUUAAAUUAGUUUAAAGCAGGAGUGACUCUAGAACAAAUCGCCCCUAAAAACAGGGUUCCACCAGAGCAUCUAGUUUUUUUGCCAUAAUUUUAUUUGCAUAGCUUUAGUUUGUGUCGCUAUAAGUAGGUCAUGAUUUAGCUGCGUUCACUUCAGAAAAAAACAUACAAAUAAGCUCCUUUGUCGAUUUCUUUUACAUAUUGUUUUAAACUAACUGCAAAAUUUGAAGGUCUGUUUUGCUUCUCUGUUUAAUUUAUAAUAUCGCUUUGCUCAAGCGUGUCUGGCCCAGGUGAGGAAGCCAAAGAGUGUUUAAAUUUUAAAAUUCAUUACUAAAUGGGACUUCCUAGAUUCUCUUCCAAUUCUCUCAUUAAGCCUACAAUUAUAACUCACAAUCUUUGGCUCCAAGUAAUAGGAGCUUUUCAAAAAUAAACCUUAUGAAGAUCUAUUUGCGAUCUAGCAUGAAACUGAAACAUUCCAGUCUUUCCGGUCUUGUUAUUUUGUUGAUUGAAAUUUUGUUAAUUGAAAGUGAUAAGGUGGAGAAUGCUUACUUUGAUGUAGUGAUUGACAGGUUUCCGACUUUAAAGAACAAGAAAGUAAAGUUUUAAUUGUUAGGAUUAAUGUUAAAUAAAAAGUUAUUCUGAUGCAUUUUUUAAAACACAUGUUCGUCAAAUUCUAUUUUUGUUUCUCAUGUCUUUUGUUGCUUUAGCACUUAAUUUACAAACUAUACUACACUAUAAGCGAUUUUUGUAUUAUCUGGUUAAGAAUUACACUGUGCAGUUUUGCGAGGUAUCCCUGGGCGACACCAUGAGUUUACCACAACAGGUGACACCAACACUAGUCACAAACCUAUUAAAAUGAGCAUAUUUGAAGUUAAACUAUUAAAUAAGUUCAUUGAUUGAGGUCAACAUUUAAUGACGUUUUUUUUUAUUCAAGAUAUUAUUAUAGCAUUUUAUUUGAUUGUUUGCAGGUGGAAGGGUAAAGAACUGGAAGCGACGGUGGUUUAUUCUCAAUGACAACUGUCUUUAUUACUUUCAGUACACAACUGUAAGUUUUUUAAAUGUAAAAUUACUUUAUUUUCCUAAGAGUUUGAAGACUUUAAGUCACUGUAGGGGUUUAAAUUAAAUUUCUUGUAAGAUGUGAUUGUUAAAUUACUAUUCCAAUUAUGCAUAAUGAUGAGAUCAACAUUAAAAUUUAUUACUUAAAAUUACAGGACAAAGAACCUAAAGGAAUCAUCCCUCUGGAAAAUAUUCAAGUUAGGGAAGUUGCCAUUGAAAAAUCAAGACCUAACUGCUUUGAACUGUAUUCACAAGGAACAACCGAUAUUAUCAAAGCAUGUAAAGUUGAUUCUGAUGGAAAAGUUGUUGAAGGUAAGUUUUCAUAAUACAUUUGUUCAAUAAGACGCAUUUUUUUCUCCUUAUUUUAUUUGAAAAGUCAAUUCAAUGUUACUUUUUACCAUAAUUUUUGGUUGGUCAAAAACACAGCAUUUCAUAAUUUAGUGGAAAGAUUCAUGCUGUAAUAGCAAUAUAAUCCUACUUUGAAAUGGAGUUUGCUUGUUUUUUAAACUAAUUUACAUGUUUCUGUGACAGGGCGUCACAAUGUCUACAGAAUGGCAGCAAACACACUGGAGGACAAAGAAGAAUGGAUCAAUUGCAUUAGGUAGGUGCAAAUUUGUUAAAUGUUAAUUUAGUUCUAUUUCUGUGAAUCCAAUCAGCUUAUAGGCCAGGAGAACCUUCCAAAAAGAUUUCCAUUAAUUUACCCAAUAAGAAAUGAAAGUGCUAUUUUAUAUUUUUUAACAAUAGGUGGUCGCAAUGUGGAUGCCAUAUGUUUGUUAAAAAGAUAAGGCAGAAAUUAAAAAUUGAUUCGCUUGAUAUUUAGAGCUAGGCAGUAAUAUUUUGUUACAAAUGAAGGUAAUGUUUUGCUUAAUAUUUCAGGGCAAGCAUUAAUGAUAAUCCAUUCUAUGACAUGUUGGCUGCAAGAAGAAAAAAUGCUACAGGCUCUGCUGGCAAGCCAAGGUAGCCAAUUAAAGAGGGUCCAGUUAUGACAUAAUUUGUUUAAGGUCUCAGAAUUUUUUUAUAUGUGCCACAGUUGUUGAUGUGAUGUCAUACAACUAUCUUAUUAGAAAUUGAGGUCCUAGACCAUUCUUUUUAUGGAUGCUACUUGUUGUUGACCCAAAAUUCUUAACAUGGUACACAUUGAUGCAAGGCUCUGGGCUAGUAUGAAAUGUUGGCACCCAAAAUUAAACUAAACUACACAUAGUAUCAAAUCAAAAAAUAAUACUCUUUGCUCUUUUGCAUAUCAAUCAAGUUAUUAAAAUUAAGAUCCACACUUAAUCAAAAUAUUGGUCUUCACAGAAAGCAGUACUUAUGCUAUCUUAACUUUUAACAGUGCCAAUGAUCUAUAAUUGUUUUAUUGAGUUAGAGCUUGAUGAACAAAAGGAGUCAUCAUGUCCAAAAUUAAUCAGAAAGUGUUCUGCCCAUUAAAAGAUAAACCUGCAAUUUGUUUCAAACAUGUUCAUAUACUUCAGCCCAUUUUAUUGAAUUCUGAUGUUAUUUUCAACUGCUCUUUUUUUUUUUUUUUUUCUUUUACAAAAUGACUCAUGUUUUCCUUUUUCAAUUCGCUUAGUUUAAUUAUCAGAAAUAUUUUAAAUGAAUUAAAAGAUAAACCUGCAAUUUGUUUCAAACAUGUUCAUAUACUUCAGCCCAUUUUAUUGAAUUCUGAUGUUAUUUUCAACUGCUCUUUUUUUUUUUUUUUUUGCUCUUACAAAAUGACUCAUGUCUUCCUUUUUCAAUUCGCAUAGAUUAAUUAUCAGAAAUAUUUUAAAUGAAGGUUAUAUCUCUGGUGACUUUCAAUGUUAAUUAAAAUCUUUAUUGCAGAUUAAAAUUUCCAGAAAAAAGUUCAUUAGUGAAAAAGAAUUUGUAGAGCAAAAGAACAAAAAUUUGUUACCUCAACUGCUAGACAAAAUAUUAAUUUUUAAGAUAAUUUUUUUACCUUUAAAUGUAUGGUGUCUACCUACAGUAGCAAUUUCUAGAAAAUUGUGCACUAUAUAUAAAAUAAUUUAAUCAGUAAAAAAAUCACACAAUGUGAAAAUUAUGUACAAAAAAACAACUUAAAAUUGUAAUUUAAAGAAAUGGGGAAGGGUAGCAAGUUUUUAAUUUUUUUUUUAAAUUUGUUGUUUAAAAAAGCUGUCUUUUGUAUUCAUAGGUGAUAUGUAAAAAAAUAUAGUGACAAGUUUAUCUUCAGUGUGUACAUUAUGUAAACUAGGGCAUGAUUGAAUCACAUUUUCAAAGUCUGUUAAAGUAAAAAAAGGAUUUUUGAAAUUUUUAAUGUAUUUGACAUGCCUAAAUUUAGUACCACAUUUACUGUUGACAUAAUAAUCUUAAUAUCUUUGAAAUUGUUUCAUUUGCAUCUUUUUUGCAACAUUGUGCAUGUUGUAUAUAUUAAGGAAUGCUGCUUGACUCUCCACGUAAAUAAUAAUGCUGUACACAUGUAUCUGUAAUCUGAUAGCAAUGUACACAUUUAAUGAUGAAUUAGCAUGGAGCUAAAUGAUGUAAACAUGUAUUUGUACUCAACUAGAAAUACAAAGUGCCCAUAUUAAAUGUUUAUCAAGCAUAGUGUUUUGUUGUAAAUAAUUCUCAUUUCCAAGUAUGGUUGUUUUCUAUUGCCCCUACCAAUGGUUAGUAGCAUCAUGAAGAAUAGGGCUACUCGAAUUGUAGCUUUCAAAGAAUGAAUUGAAAUCAUUGUAGUCAACUUUAAAUAUUUUGAUUAGUUUAUGGAACUUUGUUGUAAAUUUAGAAUACUUAACAAUUGACUUGAUUAAAAGCUAAUUUAAGAAAAUCUCUUAGCAUCUUACUUAAUGUGACAAUAAGUUGCUAUCCUUUUCACUCCAUGUGGUUAAUUAUGGUGAUCAAAUUCACUUUUAUAUUGGUAUUUAAACGAAUGAAUGGCUUUGUAAAUAAGGUGUAAUGAGAAGAUGUAACUGCAGCUUUUAAAUCUGACUUUUUUUCUUGCAAGUGCAAUUGGUAAGCAGGAGUGAUGAGUACUGGUAUACAUCUAUUUUAUUUAUUUAUUUUAACAAAUCAGUAACUUACUUGACAAGUUGUUGUUUUGUGAGACUCAUUUGUACUUCCUAGUUUUAAAACACAGAAAAUGUCAUUCAGAAACUACAAUAUUUUUUUGGAUAGUCCUCAUAAAAGUCAUAAAUUAUAAGGGCAGUCUUCUUUAUUAUUGAACAACCUUAAAGUUAUUUCAUCAUAUUGGUCAUGUUUCUUCGAAUAAAAAAUGAAAAGUGAGAGAUUUUAUAUGAUGUUAGAUUAUCAAAUUAGUGCAAUAAUAAAUUAAUCUAUUUAUACCUUCUGCACCCUCAUCUUUAAUUAGAAAUUUUAUCAUAAAAUUGCUAUAAAAGUUUCUAUUUUAUAAUAAAAUUGCUAUGAAAGGUCUUUAUCUGCACACAAUUUUUUAAAUUAUUAUAAAGUUGUUUUUUUCAAGAUUGUUUAAAAAUACAUCACUGUACAGGGUACAUACAUAAAUUGGAACUUUUUAACAUGCUUGUUCUUUUUAAUUAGAAAUUCAUGUUUCUAAAAAUACUAUAAAUUUCAAAUAGGGGGUGGGGGUGGGGGGGUGUUUUGACAAGUUUAUUGUUUUUAACUUUUUAUUUGAUUUCAAUUAUCAUUUUAUUACCUCAUUAAAAAAUUUAACAUCCUAAUAUUCCUAAUUUAGGGGUUCUAAACCUUCGUAAUGAUACGACCCUUUAAUACAGUUCAUCAUGUUGUGGUGACACCCCCACCCCCUAUGAAAUUAUUUUUGUUGCCACUUCAUGGGGUCGCGACCCACAGGUUGAGAACCCUUGCCCUAAAUAAUGACUGAUCAGUGAACAAACUGUUUUUAAUUUACAAAAUUUGACAAGUAUAAGUUACUGUUUUAAACUUUUUAUUUAAUUUCAAUUGUAUAUUAUCAUUUUAUUACGGCAUUUAAAAAUUUAACAAAUAUCUUAAGAUCAUCAGUGUAGUGUGUGCAGCUAUAGAUAAAAGAAAGAAAAAAAAAUCACCUUUGUAGGCAUGUAUUUCUCCAAGGUGACAUUUGUAUCUAGCCUACAAACAGUAUUUGAAAUAAACAAUAUAAUCUAGUU